AUGCUUGCCGCAGUCUCGGCCGUGCUCGGCGUCGUGAAUUUGGUCGUUGUUUGCGGCAAUAUUUUCGUGCUCUACGUUCUCACGUCACAGAAAUCCUUGCACAGUCCGACGAAUUUUCUCGUACUGAGCCUGACGAUCUCCGAUCUUCUCCUGGGUGUCGUCAUUUUGCCAUUUGCCAUCAUGCAGGAGCAUCGCAAAGAGUGGAUCUUCGGCGAGACAUGGUGCACACUAUGGUUGGCGCUGGAUGUUUGGCUCUCAACAGCCAGCAUUUAUAAUCUGUUGGCUAUCAGUUUUGAUAGAUACAUGGCCGUUCGUCAGCCGAUUAAAUAUCCGAUUAUCUCCUCAACGAGAGUGAUCCGUCUGAUGAUCUUGGCCGUUUGGGUGGUCUCUUUCUGUUUAGCGUUUCUCCUGUGGAUCCUCCAAACGCGACUCGCCACCUCCACGAAUCUCUCCAUCGAUUUAUCAUCUAAUCUAUCAAAUAUUCCAAAACAUUGCAUUCCGAUGACUCUUCCCGAUGAGUACAUUCUAUUCUCAGCGUCUUUCUCUUUCGUUGUGCCGGCUUUUGUGAUGGUUGUGCUAAACGUUUCUAUCUUCACAACGGUGUUGAAAACGGGUCGCUCGCGGUGUGUAUCGGUGAAAAGCGGUGCUGAGAUGAGAAUUCAUCGCGGGAAUACGAAUGCGAAAUUUCAUAAUCUCCAAUCGUUGACGAGAACGCGAUCAACCGGCGAUGAUGACGCAAGGAAAAUGACUAAAUGCUCGGUCAUCGUUUCAAAGGGACAAUCCUCGAAUCAAACAGCGCAAACGACUCCAUCGGGAUCGGAAACAAAUCUCACGCUCAAUCUCGAGAAUGUUCCGCUGAAGAUUAAUGACACCGGAAAGUGCGAUUCUCCAUUCUCCAACGAUUUCCCGCCUCAAAUCUCCCCAUUGCCCACUAUUCGAAAUUUUCUCUCGCAAGUGAUGGUUGUCUCGAUGAUGCCGAAUCGAAAACGCAAAACCGAGCUGCUUGAUCAGAUCUCAACAUCAAAUCGCGGUAGCAGAGCGCGUUUCUCGAUGAGAACCGAGCUGAGGGUGGCCAGAACAACGGCGGUUGUCGUUGGAGCAUUUGUCAUUUGUUGGUUCCCAUUCACUACAAUCUACGUUCUUCAGGCUUACGAGAUGUGUCCAAUGUCGACUGAAUGUGUUCCCCAAUGGGUUUUCCUUAUCAGUUUCUGGUUGGGAUACUCGAAUUCGGCCGUGAAUCCUCUCCUCUAUGCGGCGUUUUCUCGAGAUUUUCGUGCGGCUUUCCGCAAAGUUUUACUCAGAAAGCAAAGCAGUCUCAAAAGCUUU